UUUCGUCCCACAUUCCAAAAACAUGCAUGGGAGUUAAAUUGAACACUCUAAAUUCCCGCUUAGGUGUGACCAUGAGUGUGAAUGUUUGUCUAUGUGUUCUAAAUACAGGCUCCAGCACGCCUGGGGCCCUCUUGAAAAUAACCGGAUUAGAAAAUGGAUGGAUGGAUGCGUUGACUGACGGGAAAGUCGCCCCUGCCAAUAUGGCCGCCAGGUAGACGCGUCGGUCAGCUGGUCCGCGGCUUGAAGCCUACAUUGUGAUUGGAUACUGAGAUCACGUGUGCGUCCACCCCCAGUCUGCUUUUUAGUAAGGGCUAAAGUCUUGUGUCACAAUAUAGAAGCGUGUUAAAAACGCGACAUACUUCCCCUAUGAAACCCUAUAUCUCAAGGUUAUCUUCACCAACCCCACUUUUGACAUUUCUGGGAUAUUAAAUGCAUAAUGUACGGAUACAGUGGUUGAUGUAAACGUUUCUGGGGGCGGGUAAAAUGAGUGCGGAAGAGUCGCGGUUACGCACUUGCGUACUCGCGUACUUGCUUGCGUGCACGCUUGCCAGGCAGGCAGCGACUCAAUGGCAGGGCGGCCGAGGCUGACAGUCCACAGUGCGGAAUGAAACUCCUCGGGGAUGGCGGACAAACCUCCGACGGUGGUCUUGAAGUUGUUAGCCGCCGGCUUUUACGCUCUCAGUUCGUUCGUCAUCGUCAUGGUGAACAAGAGCGUGCUCACCAACUACCGGUUCCCUUCGUCGAUAUGCGUUGGGAUUGGUCAAAUGUUGGCGACGGUGGUUGUCCUGCGGGUGGCCAAGGCAGCGAGGGUGAUCAGCUUCCCAGACUUGGAUAAGAAAGUACCUCUCAAGACAUUUCCCCUACCUCUCCUAUAUGUGGGCAAUCAGAUUAGUGGUCUGUAUGGAACCAAAAGGCUCAACUUGCCGAUGUUUACUGUGCUCAGGAGAUUCUCCAUCUUGUUCACGAUGUUGGCUGAGGGAUUCCUGCUCAAGAAGAAAUUCUCCAAGUCAGUCCAGCUGACGGUCUUUGCAAUGAUACUUGGGGCCUUCAUCGCUGCGAGCGCCGACAUGUCCUUCGACCUGCAAGGCUACGUCUGCAUCCUCCUCAAUGAUGUGCUUACGGCGGCCAACGGUGCUUUCGUCAAGCAGAAAUUGGAGGCCAAGGAGCUGGGCAAAUACGGCUUGGUGUAUUACAACGCAUUAUUUAUGAUCUUACCCACUCUACUGCUGGCUCACAUGACUGGGGACAUCCAAAAGGCCAUGGACUACGACGGCUGGUCUGACGUGUUCUUCCUCAUACAGUUCUUCCUGUCCUGCGUUAUGGGGUUUGUCCUCAUGUACUCCAUUGUGUUUUGUACACACUACAACUCUGCACUUACUACCACCAUAUUGGGCUGCAUUAAGAAUGUCCUGGUGACAUACAUUGGAAUGGUGUUCAUUGGCGACUACAUCUUCUCCUGGACCAACUUCAUAGGUUUGAACAUAAGCAUCGCAGCCAGCCUGGUAUAUUCGUACAUCACGCUGCGCGAGGAGCAGCCCAGCAAUUUCAGCGAAAGCACCAAAAUGGACAUCAAGGGCAAGGUGGUUGUAUGACGCUGGAUUCUGUUUCCUCUUGCUCAUGCGCGUGUCCUUCUUUGAAACGCUUUAUGUUUUGAGGAGGAACUGAUAGUUCAGAAUCAUCAUUGGCAAAGAGGGUUACGAUUAUUCUUAGUUUUUUUUUAAAGAGACAGUAGUCUUCCUAUUUUUUUAAGUUUUGAGAAGGGAAAAAUAUUUAUGGAACUUUUAUAGACAUUUUACUGGAGAAACGCACACAAGAGGUGCCUGCUGUUUCUCGCCCUCCCUGUCAAGUGUUGUCAUGAGCCGCCAGCAUUUUAUUCAUGUCAGAAAUUAUGCUCCAUAAUAAUAAUAUCCGUUCGCACUCUUGAGCUAACCAAAUCAAAGAAUCCACAUUUGUAUCCAAAUUAUGACAGCUGACAUCUGCUUUGUUUUCCUGCACCCGUGGUGGCCGAGAAUAGUUUUUAAUUCAUGUUUUUAUUAUUGGAUCGAUAAUUCCAAAAAUUAAUCAGAUAAAGAAUUUUGCUUUAAAGUUUAGUGCAAAAUACCCCCGCCCACCAUUACUGCGCAGAGUUGUGGGCUAUUUCUUGGCGACGGUUGCAAAUAGCCAUUAUUUUCGUAAGAGAUGGACACACCCCUCUCUCUCGUAAAUGGAUUGAUCCACUUCCUGGUUUGGUCUGUAACAAUGUCAGGAACUAGGCAAAUUGUUUUCCAAAAUAAAAGCAGGGUGGUCUGCCAAUGUCUCUUAAAAUCCCAUUAUUUACUCUUCGGAGGCUGAAAUUCCAAAGGAUAUGGGCAAUUUUAUGAAUUCGAUCAAUUAAUUAUCAAUUGUGAGACGUCUAUCUCCGACCAGUUUACAAUGUCACGUUAGCAUGUUUUUAGUCUGUUACCAUGUUGUUGUUUUUUUUGGACAUGCACUGUUAUAACAUCGGUACAAAGUGGAAAAAGAAAUGUUUACUUUUAGCCUGAUCAGUUCGUGCUACAGAAUGUGGACGUGCGUGUGGUCAUGUGGUGAGCUGUUGUCGUCUGAUCAGCCCGCCUCACACCUCGAAUAAAAAUUGAUGGUUUUAAUAUUUGUUAGCUUUUUUUUUUUUUUUUUUGAAGGUAUGAAUGUUUUUUUUUUUUUAAAUCAAUUGUAUUUUGGUUUAAAAGAACGCAUUUCAUUCAAAGUGUGGCUAUGGUACUGUACUUUUAAUUUUUUUUUUUUUACAAAAAUGCUUUCCAUUGUAACAUUUGUUCCUGUCAUGGAACAGAGAUGAGCCGGUCGAGGCCAAGGACCGGCUCGAGGACCGAGAGGCGGUCCUUGGUCCUCAGCCUUGGUCUUGGAGUCAAGUCCUUGGUCCUCGGCCUUGGCCUCGGGUUGCCGGUCCUUGGACACAACACUGUCAUUGAAUUAAAAGAUGAGCCUUUUUGGUCUUUUUCCAAUUUGCUGUUUCAAAUUCUUGAUUCUCGGAUCCGCUUGAGUCAAGCUGACGUUUGUGGACACGUUUUAAAAGAAUCAUGAGACACGUUUCACAGUUGGCCUUUUGGUUUAUUUGUUUAUUUUAAUAAACUGCCAAAAAUAAAAGUACAAAUGACACCAAGUAAAGAUUGUUUUCAAAGUCAGUCUCAACUGUACACUGUCCACCACAAAAUUAAAAAUCCCUCAGUAGUUACAAAGUCACAUCAAGUGAAGAAACGUUUUCCUGAGCACUGCGAGCCAAAUAGUGAAGCGGAACGCGAUUAAAUCCACAAGAUUGUACAAAUUUGUAAUUCACACAAAAAAAGCACUGACACCUCACAUCUACAAAUACAAUUCAGUGGAGAAAAAAUAAAAAUCUUAAAUUGCAUUGUUUUUGCCUUCCAUCUGUCAUAUUUUUCCAAAUCUCCUUCACCUAACAUUUAUUUACACAAGCUCUGCUGUGGUUUUCCCAUCAUGCAUUGCACAUUCCAACAAACUGGCUUAUCUUCAGAGUUCAAACCAAAUCUCACAUAUCAGUAUCAAGAAAACCUUUCAAGAAACGUGUCGAUAACCUCUGAAACUGAAAGUCUCACAUUUUGGGGGCGGGGUUAAAUGAGCUUUAAGAGGGUGAACCUAUCGUCACGUAUGAUCUCACGUGUUUUGUAUCGUUUAUGAUGCGGCCGAAAGAAGUGUGAUGAUUCCCCACAAAAAGCACAAAUUGACUUUGUGAUGUAGUGUUAGGGGCACGCACGUCUCUGAUGAUAUCACACAAGAUAUCUUGGGAUUUUACUGCCUUUCUAUUUUCUUGAAUGUCGCUUUCACAGAAGAGUAAUCGUGAUGACGGAACCGUAUAUUGGACUCGGUGGUUUGAGCAAUGCUUUUAUCUGCUCCCUCGCUGCUAAGUGCAACAUGGCUAGAGCGGCAAUAAAUCCGCAUCAGAGAACGGAAUACAAACGGGAAAAAAAAAAAUAAGCAGUGAAGAGAUUUGAUGCCAUGGCACACCUGUCAUCAAAAUUAACGGUGAGUAUGCAAA